AUUAUAAAAAAAAAAUGGAAAAGCCUAAGAGACAACUAUUUACGAUACAAAAAAGACAUAAAAGGUACAACAGGACAAGCCUCUAAAAAGUAUCAAAAUUGGCCGUGGGCAAGUCAGUUACAAUUUUUAGACAAAACUUUAGCUCCAAGACAAACGACAUCCAAUAUUGCAACUGACAUUCCAUUAGAGRUACAGACACAAGAAUUAACAUCUCCUUCACAGAUAACUUCUCCACAGGCAUCAACAUCAUUUUUAGAUGUCGAAGAAUCGGAUGAUCCAGAAUUACACUCGCGUACUGAUUCUACAUUACYAGCACCGAAGAAAAUCAAAACAAAUAGUAAAGAAYCUAACGAUCAGCAUGUUGGUGUAAACAAAGUCAUUAGUUAUCUGGAGAAUAAAAAGAAACCUACACAUGAUAGUGUCGACCACUUAUUUCUCAGUUAUGCAGGAACCUUCAAAAAGUUUUCAGAGAGAAAUCAAAUACAGAUUAAACUAGAACUUGCUAAAUUAUUCGGUGACAUGGAAUUAAAAGAACUAGAUGAACGCGGCCCUUCAAGUUCACUUUCCAUGCAUUCUUCAAUCAGCAAUUAUUCAAYCGACURUGAUUUUCUUCAACCAAAAUCAAAUGYAUUUAAAAACGUAAUGUCAUCAUCAGAAAACUGUUCUAAAGGGUAUACUUAUGAUUAG